AUCCGUAAUUAACAGAAUAUCCAAGUAAAUAAUCUGCUUAAAAUGUCAUACUGGAUCGAAACAGAAGACUGGCACACUGCCGGCGAACCCUUCCGCAUCGUCCAAACCCUUCCAGCCGGUCAUCUCCCUCACGGCGAAACUGUCGCCCAACGUCGUCUCACUGUUAUUGACACUCCCAAUCACCCUCUUGACCAACUCCGACAAUCUCUAUGCCAUGAGCCGCGUGGCCAUGCGGAUAUGUACGGCGGCUUCAUCACGCCCCCAAAUGAUCCCGGUGCUCAUUUCGGCGUCUUGUUCUGGCAUAAAGAUGGCUUCUCAACGGCGUGUGGACAUGGGACUAUAGCUUUGGGGUAUUGGGCUGUUACCAAGGGUCUGGUGAAAGGGCCUGAAGAUGGGAAUGUUGAUGUCGUUAUUGACGUUCCGUCUGGGAGGGUUAUCGCGAACAUUGCUGUGAGGCAGGGCAAGCCGGUCCAUGGCGACUUCAUCAACGUCAAGAGUUACCAGAUUGCCAAGGACUUGUCUGUCAAUCUUCCAUUACGAGGCGUUGAUGUCAAGGUCAAUCUAUCAUUCGGAGGAGCUGUUUACGCUACCAUAGACGCAGCUCAACUGGGCUUCAAGGUUGAACCAAGUCAACACAUCGACUUCAUCAACCUUGGACGCGAGAUCAAAGCUUCUCUAGGCACUAGAGCCCACUAUAACACAUACGAUCUAUACGGCGUCAUAUUCUUCAACGAUGAGGGCACUGGACCAGCUGGAGAGGUACUUCAACGCAAUGUCACUGUCUUUGCAGAUGGUCAGAUCGAUCGCUCACCCUGUGGCUCAGGCACAGCUGCAAGAGUAGCAGUGCUUUUAGCUGAAGGAAAAUUGGGAGCUGGAAAGUCAAAGCUUCUGCACCGAUCGAUUAUUGAUACGGUGUUUGAAGCAGAUAUUAUUUCUGAGGAGGAGAGUCCUGUUGAAUUCCCAGCUUGUAUUCCGAGAGUGAGAGGAACUGCUAAUUUGGUCGGGAGGAUGAACUUCUUUAUCGAUCCGGAGGAUACUGUAUUUCCUGGGUUCCUUCUAAGGUGAACGGACGUUAAAAGAGAAAGCGAACA